AGUUGUAAUUUAAUCAGGUUAAGACAUUUUAAUUUUUACUUUGACUUAUGACCCAUUUUCUGAGUUUUAGGUCGCAUUGAGAAAAAAUAUUGUUACGUCGAUACUUUGAUCUAGAAUAUACGUAUUGAAGUUGCUUUUUCAUUUAUUUUGUUUUAUUUGCUCAUAAAGGUUUUCAUUGGGUUUGGUUAUAAUUUGGUCUACGUUACUUUAAAUUUAAUCUGUGUAAAUGUGAUGUUAUACAUGAACUUUAAACUUUAUAGUUAUUGUUUGCGAAGGUUGUUUCGAAUUAAAACUAAGUAGGUCUGCCGAAGAUGGGAAGAAAAUUAACGACUUCUUUAUCUGAUGGAACGUUGGCAGUUUCUUCUCUGUUAGCAGCUUGGAGAUUACAUGAAUCAUCUGCAAAUUGGCAUCUCCAUUUUUUUUCAUCCACUCUGAAACUGGAAGAAACACCAUUAUUUGGUAUAAGCUGUUUCUUACUCAUUGCCGUUGCUGCUUUUUUGGGAACAAUUCGUUUUAGUUUUUCAUCUCCACCUAAUAAAUUAAUCUCCCUUCAUAAAAAGACAACAUGGUGGGUUUCCAUUGCUGGAUUUUCAUUGCUGGCAGCCAAUUUUAAUUUUGUAUAUAACAAAGCCAUGAUUGGCUGGAUUCAUGUGCUUAGUAUUUUUGUAAUUGUCUUUGCUCUCAAAACUUUACCAAAUAAGCUUAGCAAAGUUCUUACUCAGAUUCAGCAAGUCACAUCCUUUGUGUCUGUUGGUGGAUUGUGUGUUACCCAUUAUAAUUGGCAGGGUGCUGUUGGCAUUCACAUAAUUCCAGUUGCUGCAAUAAUAGUAGGCACAGAAGGUAAGGUACUGGGUAUGCCAGCAGUUGAUGUAUUUCAUUAUAUGAUAAGUUGUAGUGUAUAUUUAUUGUCUCGUGCAUUGAUUAUCAUUUAGUUUCUGUAUCAAUGAUUCAGAAUAAUUCUAUCAUAAAAACAGAUUAAUUAACAACAUAAAUAAACAGUAUUGUUAUUUUGAAUAUGAUUGAAGUAAUAUUUUUAAAAAGCAUUCUGAGA